AUGUUCCGUCGUCGGCUGCCCAGACGUGGCAGUGGUGGUACAGCCGCCUCUCUGCUGUAUCGCCUGCAGCAGGUGCAUCCGCAGCAGCAGCAGCAGCGGCAGCAGCAGCAGCAGCAGCGACAGCAGCAGCAGCAGCGGCAGCAGCCGGCGCCGCAGCCGCAGCAACGGGGGAUUGAGACAGCGGCUUUCUGUGGGGGUGGGUCUCCUGUGGGUCCGCGUAGUUCAGGGGCCCCGUUGCUGUCAAUGGAGGAGCAGCACGAGUUGCUGCUGAUAGAUUUCGAUACUUGUGUAUUCAUCGAGGACCCUAUGGGGGCCCCCAUGGAUGCAGGGGGCCCCCAGCGGCGCCUCGUGGGUACCUAUGGGUACCUGGCCCCUGAAGUACUGAUCUCAGGCAAAUAUUCAAGAGUUUCAGACCUGUGGAGUGUAGGGGUCAUCUUAUACAUCUUAAUGACAGGUUCUCCGCCGCUGCCUAUGGAGCUGAUGACGUCGGCGCGUUCUGCACUGACGGUGAUAGAAGAUAUAGCCACACAGCACGGGGGUAUAGACUUUGCUGCUGCAUCUCUUUCUGAGUUUCCUCUUGCUCGUGAUCUAUGUAUACGGCUGCUUGAACUUAACCCAAAAAAAAGAAUACAAACUGCAGCACAAGCCAUACAACACCCCUGGCUCGACAACGUGAGACACCGAUGGCUGCCUGCUCCCCCCGCUGUCCUCUCCCCUCCUCUGCGGCUGCAUGCAGCAGCAUCUGGGGGGGUGCGGAGCCGCGUUCAGCCCCCCGCUGGUGAUGAUGCUGCAGUUGCUCUCGCGCUGGUGGACCCAGAGGAGCCGGCAGGAAGCGUGGCGCAGCCCCCCGCAGCAGCAGCAGCAGCAACAACACCAACACCAACAGCAGCAGCAGCACCAGCAGCAGCAGCAGCAGCAGCGCCAGCAGCAGCAGCAGCGGCAGAAGAUGGCGUGCCGCUUGAAAGCGAAUGCUUAGAACCCCUACAGACACCCCAGAGCUCAUACGGGAGGCUUGUGGAGGAGAUUCCUCUGCUGCCUCCCCAUGUCGUGCAGGAGCGAACAGCAGCAGCAGCAGCAGCAGCAGCAGCAGCCGCAGCAGCAGCAGCAGCGGCAGCAGCAGAAGCAGCAGUAGCAGGUAUAGCAGCAACAAAUCCAGCAACGACGAGGGCCUCCGAUAUUCUAUUAACAGCCGCCUCCCCCCUGACAGGAAGCCAGACAGGAGCUCAAGACAGCAGCAGCAGCAGCAGCAGCAGCAGCAGCAGCAGCAGCAGCAGCAGCAACAGCAGCAGCAUCAGCAGCAGCUGCAGCUCCCAUCUGUAUCUUCCUAUUGAGGAGCGUAUUCCAACUUUUGCUGCGCAGCAACCGGGCAGCAACCCAGAGGUAAGCAGCAGCUGCGGCAGCGCGGACGACAGCAGCAGCAGCAGCAGCAGCAGCAGCAGCAGCGCUGCUGCGGAGCAGCAGCAGGCGAUGGGGGUCACGAGUUUGUUUGACUCCCCAGAGGGAGAAGCAGCCCUAAAGGAGAGGCCGAGAGACAGCAGCGAGUGGAGCUGCACGACUGCAUCAGGAGGAUACCGCAGCAGCAGCAGCAGCUGCAGCAGCAGCACCAGCAACAACGGCGGCAGCAGCAGCCUCAGCAGCAGCGAAUGCGCCACAGCAUCCCCCUACGGCACACCCAACUACCUCUCCCCUGCCUGCCGCGGUGUUCUGCUUCCUGAGGACUGCUGCAGCAGCAGCAGCUGCAACGGCUGCAGCAUUUGCAGCAGCAGCAGCAGCCCGAGUAGCCUCAUCAGCCCCAGCAGCAGCAGCCCCAGCAGCAGCAGCAGCACACACAAUGCUCCUGCUGCUGUUGAGGGCUCGUUGCUUGAGCCUGAGGCAGCUGAACCUGACAGCGCGCGGUCGCCGCUGCUGCAGGGUGGGGCUGCUGGGGUGUAUACGCAGCUCCCCGCAGAGGGGCGGACAGACACCGCUGCAUCUCUAGGAGCCAUGUACCAGCAGCAGCUGCAGCAGCUGCAGCACAGGCUGCAGCAGCAGCAGCAGCAGCAUCCAGCGGCCCAGCAACUGCAGCAGCUGCAACGCAUGCAACAGCUGCAGCAGUUACAGCAGCUCCAGCAUCAAGAGAACGAGCUGCAACAACUGCAGCAGAUGCACAGAGAGCAGCAGCAAGUGCUGCUGCAGCAGCCGCUGCCGCCAGCUGAGGGCCUCCAGAGCGAGGCAGUCUCUACCCUGGGGCCGCCGGGGGCCCCCCAGACAGCGGAAGGGUGUGGGGCCCCCUUGACGUCGAAGGAGAACUGCUGCUCCCAGCAGCAGCACAGCCACCACUGCAGCAGCAGCAGCACAGCAGCAGCAGCAGAACCAGCAGCAGCAGCAGCAGCAGCAGCAGCAGCAGCAGCAGCAGCAAGUCAGCUGGGGGCUUCGCAUGUGCAAUACUCCAGCAGUGGCGAUCCCUUGGCGGGGGCGAGCGGCCUCAUCUGCAGCUCAGCAGGGCUGUCUACCGUACCAGACCUCUCAGCAGCAGCAGCAGCAGCAGCGGCAGCAGCAGCAGAGGCAGCAGCAGCAGCAGCAGCAGCAGAAGCAGAAAUGGCAGGCAAGGAUGCGUAG